CCGCUGCUCCCACCACCUCUCGCGCCGCCGGGGGCUCCUCAGCCACCUCCUGCCCGGCGAGGCUCACGCACGGACUCGGGCCGGGCUCGUCGCGGCGGCGGUUGGGACCCGAACUCGGACAGCAGGCUCGCAGAUGGGUCAGGGACUCUGGAGAGUUGCUAGGAACCAGCAACUGCAACACCAAGGAUACAGUGGACAAGGCUAUUUUACCAGAGAGCAUGGUAGGAGGAUAGCUACCAACAGUGUUUCCAAUACAAGCCAUCGAAAACAAACCCAAGGAGGCAUUGAUAUCUACCACCUGUUGAAGACCAGAAAAACUAAAGAACAAGAAGGAUUCAUUAACCUGGAAAUGCUGCCACCAGAGCUUAGUUUUACCAUUUUGUCAUACCUGAAUGCAACUGAUCUCUGUCUAGCUUCAUGCGUCUGGCAGGAUCUUGCUAAUGAUGAGCUUCUUUGGCAAGGGUUGUGCAAAUCCACUUGGGGUCACUGUUCUAUAUACAAUAAGAAUCCACCUCUAGGAUUUUCUUUUAGAAAAUUGUAUAUGCAGCUAGAUGAGGGCAGUCUCACCUUUAAUGCCAACCCUGAUGAGGGAGUCAACUACUUUAUGUCCAAGGGCAUACUAGAUGAUUCGCCAAAAGAAAUAGCUAAGUUUAUCUUUUGCACAAGAACACUAAAUUGGAAGAAGCUGAGAAUCUACCUUGAUGAAAGGCGAGAUGUUUUGGAUGACCUUGUGACGCUGCAUAACUUCAGAAAUCAGUUCUUGCCAAAUGCACUGAGAGAGUUCUUCAGACACAUUCAUGCUCCUGAGGAGCGUGGGGAGUACCUUGAGACUCUCAUAACAAAGUUUUCUCACCGAUUCUGUGCUUGUAACCCUGAUUUGAUGAGAGAGCUUGGCCUUAGCCCUGAUGCAGUUUACGUACUGUGUUACUCUUUGAUUCUACUUUCCAUUGACCUAACAAGCCCUCACGUGAAGAACAAAAUGUCAAAGAGGGAAUUCAUCCGAAAUACACGGCGAGCUGCACAGAAUAUCAGUGAAGAUUUUGUAGGGCACCUUUAUGACAACAUCUACCUUAUUGGCCAUGUGGCUGCCUAAAAGCACAAUUUCCUAGCACUUAAAAUUUGUAAUUUUCAAAAGCUACAUCAAUUCAAGAAAUUAUUUUGUAGAGAUGGGGGUUAUUUUAGUGCUGGUCAUUCUAACCUCUGUAUGCAAUCAAAGUUUGUGUGUGUAAGUGUGUGUGUGUGUGUGUGUGUGUGUGUAAACUACCUUUUCUAUCUUUACCAUGGGAAUAGAAAGAUUUGGAGAUCUGUUUUUCAUAAUUUUUUUAGUUUUGCACAAAACCACAGCCUGAAGCAGCCAUGUACAAAUGUUAAACUGACAUUACGGUCUAAACUGACAAAGUGGUGGAUUUGUGCAUUAGAUCUGCUUGAAACUUUAAUAAGUUCAUUCUUUUUAGAAUACCAUGUAAUGUGUAUAUAUUUAACUAAAGAGAUUUAUAAUCAUAAUUAUUUUAUUGUAAAAUAUUUUAACUAAAAUUUCUUUUAUCUCUUAAAUGUUGUACUUCUUUCUUUUGAAUUUUUUUACAGUGCUGACUACCUCAGAUACAUAAUUUAGACAAAUAUUGAUCUGAAUACUUCAAUGAAGUUUACUCUAGGAGAUAGCAGAACACUUGUAAAAUAUCUACGAUUAUAUCUAAUACUGCACUGACUGACUUAAAUUAGCAUAUUGCCAACCUGCUAUUCACUCAGUUUUAAAGAAGAUUGUAACUGCUAUUUUAGGUGAAUCCUGAUGUCAUACAGGGACAGCCUAGGGAAAUCAUGCAGUUUACCUGGAGAGUUUACUUAACCUAUAUUGCAGAUGCUAGUUACUGGGGACAUAGGACAACUACAAUUAUCUAUUCAGCAUAGUAAGAAAGAAAAAAUCUCAACAGGGAAAGUGGUAGGGGCAGCUAACAUGUUGCUACUUUCAACUGCUUCCCUCAGUCUAGAAGUGUCAAUGAUGGAAAUGCCUAGGCAAAUAUAUACCAGAUGACUCGUUGCUAAAGCUGUUAAAAACUGGCUGUGCAAGAUCAGAGCAGUGACUGUGUAGGACUGGAGAGGUGACUUGGACUCAGAUACUGAGUUAUACUUCCUAAGUCUGACAUGUAGCUAGGUUUUAAAUAGUUCUGGAUUUAUGAAAAUAUUUCAAAUAUGGUCCUGGUCAGGUUGUGUUUCACAUUUUCUGAAGUGCGUAGAAUAUUAAUAGUGCAACUGCUGUGCAUGUGGAGGAACUGAAUAAGGAUUUUCCUGGGUUUUGUUCAGAUAUCUCAUAGAGCAGUGCUUUUCUUAAAUUGUCAUACUACAUAGUUGAAAUCAGCUGUUCCUGAUUAUGUUUGUUUACAUAAUAUUCAGCAAUCGCUAGCAUCUGGAUUCAUCAUGGUAACAAGUAUAUUUAUCCUUUUUCCCUGUCACACCAUGAGGUGAGGUAGGAAGAUACUCUUAGUUCUGUUUUACAAAUUAAUCUGAUGUGUGUGUGUGUGUGUGUGUGUGUAGAAAGCCUAUGGCAGAGCAAAGGAUUGGAUGCAAGUCGUACUCCUCAUAGGCACGCACUUUGCCCACACUGCUGCUUUCCAUUUGGCACCUAGGGAGUGUUACAUUUGUCUUGGAAGCCAGAAGAACGAUGACAAUGUCAGCACACAUAAGGGCUACAUAAAUGACAGGGAGGAAACAAUGUAGCUACUGCUGCGAUUUCAAGUGUUUAAUAGGUUUUGGUUAUAGCUCUGGUCCACAUGCAAAAAUGCACCCAGAAAAAGUUGUGGGGUUUUUAUUACUUUACCUUUAAUCAAGAGAAAAUGCCAUUUGUAUUUGUAGUAUACACAGCUAAAGACAGGAGCCAGCAGCAGCACAGCUAUUUUCCAGACAGGUUUUACAAUGUUCCUCCCCUCUCUUGGGAUAACUUCAUCGUGUAUCAUUUCAUACAUUUCAGGAAGCCCAAGAAUGCAUUCCACAGUGGUCGAUUAGUGUUAAGCACAAAUAAGGAUUAUACGAUAUGGUGGGGAGCUUUGUUUAAGGCACAGGUAUCUGGUCCUGUUAAAACACAAAAACAAAACAAAACAAGCUAGAAAACUUUUAACUUGAUCUGUAAUAACAGUGAUAAAGGAUAAAUAUCUCUGUGCUCCUUAAUGUGAUCUUACAGAAACUGGAGCAUAUGGCUUUCUAGAAAACCCUCCUCAAAAGUUACACACUUAACAAGAAGAAUUCAGUGAAUUUUGAAAUUACAACUAAUCUUAUCAGGAAAAGUUUUCUUCUCAAACCACAAAUGCAGAGUGAGAGUCUCUUCUGACUAAUGUUUAUGUUAAAAUUAGCGAUACUGUUUUUGAUUUUCCAUUGAUACAAGAGUAUCAAUUGCUAAUUUGCAUUUCUCUUAAUUUCCACUUACCCUCAGUUCCCAUUCUCAAACAGAUAGAGAACAAAGCCUCCAGAGAGACAGAACAUGGGGUUUUUUUCUGGAAUAUCUGAGUACAUCUAUUAACAAGGUUUAGAAAGCUUCAGGGCCAGUGUAACAGCCAAGAAAAUAAAUUAGAAGCAGGAUGAUACGGUUAAAGUUUCCAUAAGACACAAGUCCAGGGGAGGAGAAAAAAAACAAAACAAAUCCCUAAUCACAUACAGAUAACAGCAUCUGAUCUUCACAAUAGGAUUUUGAACUGUUAGAUGGUUAACACCCAACUCAUGGUGUAUGUUACUAACUCAGAGUGGAACAGAAAACAGUAAACACAACAUGCCAAGUGUAAAUUCCCUUAGGGGUAACCAAGAAACAAAAAAUGACAAGAGACAUGUCUUCUGUCAUCUUUUCAAAUUUGAGGCUUUCUUGUGGCAGAGAAGUUGUUUUUUUCAUGUUAAGAAUGUAGACUUUGCAUGAUGUUAGGCCAUUUUUUGUCUUAAAAAAAAAAAAAAAAAAAAGCAAGUGUAACAAUACUCCCAUAAAGUGAGAAAGAUAAGGUUUGAAUUCUCUUAGUCAUCCUCUAAAACCCCUCUAGCAACCCAUGUUUUGGGCUGUGUCUUCUUCAAUGAACUAUUAGUACCUCCACAUACAUUUCAAAGAAAACAGAUACUUCAUUGAUCCAGGUGUCACUAGAUUAUGGGAUGUGGAAAUACCUACUUAAUAAAACACUUCCGAAGACCUAGGAUAAAGGAUCCCAAGCGUAAUUACAUGGGCAGGAUCAUACUCAUAGCUGUGAAGUGAUUCCUGAGUUACUGUGGUUCAACCACUGCUUGUCCUUUGAGCUGUGGCCAUGGGGUGCUGCCUUCAUGCUGGUUGUACACAGCACUGAAGGAACAAAUGAGCCUGCAGCCCAUCCCCCUGCAAAUACUAGUUAAUUCUGGUCCUAAAAGACACCAAAUUUGUACACUGAACGACUGUUUCUGAAAUAUUGCUAACUUUAGUGUAUCCAGAUGUGACAGAAGGACAACAAACAGUUCUUUGUUCAUGUAGGGGAAGUGAGUGUACCUGUGUCCAUGUACAGUGUCACAUAUUACAGAUCAUUUUUGCCUGCAUUAAAUUCUGAGGUUCUCAUUGAAUUUAUUCAAGGAAUACAGCAUAUAUUACAUAGUCACAUGAUUUAGUUAUAGACAGUGUCUCGGUCUCGUACUCUUCGUUUUCUCAAACCUUUUUCUGUCUUAAAUACUUUCCAUACUCUAAACAGCACAUUUAUUCAGCUUUGGCUUUUUUAAAUAAAUCAAAGCUGCUUCAACAUACAAAAGCGCAAACUGUACGUCAGAGAUGUGUUUGUCAAUUUUGAAAUGGGAAAGAAAUUUGCAUUCUGGGAAAAAACAUAAAUCAGUUUGUUCUCUUAAACCUUUCCCUCACACCCCCCACACUGGAAAAAGAAAAAUUGCAAACAGUUUCAAAAUACAGAUUCAGGAAAAUAAACUGUCUAGCUGGGCAAAUAAAUGUUACUAUUUCCUCAUCAGUAUACAUCAGUUUAUUGAUGUUCUUUACAUAAACAAAUUUAUCAACAGGAAUUGCUCUUUUUUGAAGUGGUAAUAGUUUUGAUCUCUCUGUAAGGCUGUCAUUGUGCAAUCUGAUAUUUUUAUAGUUUGGAUUUUAGAAAACAACUAUUAAAUUAAGUACUUAAGCAAAAUUGAGAUAUACUUACUUGAGCAUGUUAAAAUGUCAAAAUAACAGCAUUAAGUAUUUAGAAAAGCUAGAUUUAGUUGUAUUCUGUUGGAUUGGGAUUUUUUUUCUCUUUUCACAUAUUUCAUGUAAGUAUCAAAACUAAUAAACAUUAAGGCUGAUGA